GUUUUUAAACAAACAUUCUAACAUUCUUUUUUGUAAAUCAUAUAUACUAAGAUCAUGUUCUUAUUCCAAAAUAGAUACUUAAAUGGCAUUUUACUUUCUUUGAAUCUUUCAUAUAUAUAUUUUUUUGUAUUAAAAUCACAUUGUAUACUUUUGCUAUGUAAUUCACAUCCAACUCAUGCAAAACAUGAGCACCUACACUUGUUUAUAUUAUAUAUCAAAUACAUAUUUUUGUAAAAGUUUUAUAUAAUCAGUUCGGUUAGUUUCUUUUGGUUUUACCAAAUUCUAAAACCGAACCCAAACCGAAAUUUUUCGGUUUUUGAAAAAAAUCAAAUCCAAACCGUCGGUUUAUGUUUCAGUUUUAGUUUUAGUUUUAUCGGCUUUUUGAUUUUCGGAUUUUUGUUUUACUCCCCUGUAAAAAAAUAUCAACUUAAUUGGAUAAAUAUUAACCGAGUUACAAAGGCUCAAAGGCUAGUCGGGGCUCUUCAAAAUCUCAGUGCUAGUACCGGUGCAUCCUAUUUGGUUCAGUAUACAAUACCUACAUCUCAGCGAUUUUGCUUCUCCGUAUUUUCGGUUUGAUUACGAACCCCUAAAUGAACCUGUGUGGUUUGUCUACAGGUUGAUAGUGCAAGGACCACUUCUGCAACUUGUUGAUAAGAUUCUUCCGCGAGUGGGAUACACAUUCUGACAUACAUCAGCACCACACCGAUGGAACGCUUUUGCCGCCCCAAAAUCUUGCCAAGCAUAGAUUCCGUUCACUCGGUCGGGGCUCGGGGCACUUUUCUCACCAAGGACAGAGGAACCCAUUAAUGGCGUCUCAUCCUAUCCCUCUUCGGCGCCUCUAGCCUCACAUCAACCGUGUAAAAGAUCGAACACAAGUUCCUUUCCCUGAGCCCUAGGUUCUCCUCUGUUUUUGCCAAUUAUCCGCUAUUGAGGCUGUGGGCACAGUCGUCUAAUGCAUGUACACUCGAACACUUACAUGAGGCGAGGAAUACUUGGUGGGAGGGAACUCCUGCACGUUGAUAGAAGAACAUGGGAAAUUCAACAUUCUACUCAUUUUCUAAAUGCCUACAAUCUCACUGCACUUAAAGCAUUUCAUUCACUUGAGAAGAGACAUCAGAAAGGAUUACAAUAUGCAAACAUGUCUUCUCAAACUGUGCUAACAAGAAACAGUAGUAGUGUAGCCAGUGAAAGCAUGCAAGAGUUGCAUUCACCAUUUACAUACGAAGCUGCCAUGGAAGCGCUUUCAUCUCUGAUCACUGGAAAAAGACGUGAUGGAAAUGCAAAUACAGAUGCUAAAUACAAGAAGCUUGAGAGGAUGUCAAUGUAUGUCCAGAUAUUAGGCAUAGAGAAACAAAUUGCUGACCUUAACAUUAUCCAUGUUGCUGGAACCAAAGGAAAGGGUUCAACAUGCACAUUUUGUGAAGCAAUCUUAAGGGAGAGUGGUUUUAAAACUGGCUUGUUUACUUCUCCACAUUUAAUUGAUGUGAAAGAAAGGUUCCGUCUUAAUGGGUUGGAAAUAUCGGAAGGGCAAUUUUUACUAUAUUUUUGGGGUUGCUGGCAUCAGUUGAAGGAUAAAGUCACAGAAGACCUGCCAAUGCCUCCACUCUUUCAGUUCCUUACUCUAUUGGGAUUAAAGAUAUUUGUAUCCGAAAAGGUCGAUGUUGCUAUUAUUGAAGUUGGUCUUGGAGGGAAAAACGAUUCAACGAAUGUGAUUCAAGAUCCUACUGUGUGUGGCAUUACUUCUCUUGGUUUUGAUCACAUGGAAAUUCUCGGAGAUACUCUUGAAAAGAUUGCUUCACAUAAAGCUGGGAUAUUUAAGCCUCAAGUUCCUGCAUUCACUGUACCUCAACUUCCUGAAGCAAUGGAUGUUCUUAACCAGAGGGCACAUGAAGUGGAGGCUCCAUUGCAAAUAGUUGCACCACUUACAUACGAAAGGUUGAAAGGGGUGAAGCUAAGUCUAUCUGGUGAUCACCAGCUUGCAAAUGCUGGGCUUGCUGUUUCUCUUUGUAAAAGUUGGCUUAAUACUAGAGGAAACUGGGAAAAAUUGUUCCCAAAUGUGAGUUAUAACAGUUUACCUGAGGCGUUUUUGAGGGGUCUUUCAAGUGCAUAUCUUCCAGGAAGGGCUCAAAUAGUUCAUGACUCGUGUUUGGGGAUAAAUGAUCAAAUGGGAUCUGAUAAAAGUUGUUGUGGGGAGUUGAUUUUUUACUUGGAUGGAGCUCAUAGUCCUGAGAGCAUGGAUGCUUGUGCUAAAUGGUUUUCUAAUGUUGUCAAGGAAAAGAUUCAUAGACCAGUGUCAUCUUCCUUUUCUAAAGGUGAAAACAUGGAAGAUAUUUCUAUUCAACAUUCAAAGGAACAGGAAGAAUCUAAAACAAUAUCCAAAAGGAUUCUGUUGUUUAAUUGCAUGGAUAUGAGAGAUCCAGAAGUGAUUCUUCCAAGACUUGUGGAUAUAUGUGCUUCAUCAGGUUCUGAUUUCUCAAAAGCAAUUUUUGUCCCAAGUAUCUCAACAUACAGCAAGGUUACUUCUGGUGCUUCAGACAUCCCUUUGAGCAUCCCCUCAAAGGAUCUGACAUGGCAGUUCAACCUCCAAAGAGUUUGGGAAAGAAUUAUUCAUGGAAAAGAGAUUGGGGUGAACAAAAGUGUGAAACUGAAGAUGGAAGCUGUUGAAAAUUCACCACCUCCUGAAUUCCUGUAUGAUGAUAUAUCUCACUGCAAUCCUGCAAAUGGAAACUUUAGUUGCAGUGCAGUUUUUCCAUCACUACCCUUGGCAGUUUCAUGGUUAAGAAAAUCUGCUAGAGAAAACCCUUCACUUAGGCUUCAGGUUCUUGUAACUGGAUCGUUACAUCUUGUUGGUGAUGUCUUGAAGCUACUGAGGAGGUAGUUAUUAUGUCUUCUUUGAAAAUUCUUAUACAAAAAAUGCUAUCAUCAUUUAAAUGUUCAAUUGUAAACACAACGAUUUUACUAUUUUUGACUUAUACAAGUUGAAGGAAAUUCAUGGCAACACUUCUAGACUUUAGUUGAUGAUGAAUAAUUUAUAAUGUCUUGUAUAACUAUAUUGUAUCACAUUUUUAGCAUGUACUUGUUCAUUUUCUCAAGUGUAUUGGUUUUUAACCUUUUUUUUUUUUGGAUUUUAUAUUUACC